AUGUUUUUACCACUAUUUGUAAAACAGUUAGCUGUACACUUGCUUAAACUAAAAACCUUGGGUGCUAUAAGAUGGGUGGGGAUGGGUGGGCUUCUUUACGUUGCAAGAAAGAGAAACCAGAGAAAAGUAGAGAGUGUGUCUAUGCCAGAUUCUGAGAGAAGUGCUAAGAUGGAGACAACUCAAAAGGUGCUUCUAAUCCUUGCCAUUUCUAUGUUGGUUCUUGCCACAAAUGUUGAAGGAGGAAGGAAACUGAAGGACACCGAGGAGAAAGUGGUUCAACCCCAGAACUAUCUUGGAGGUUUUGGUACCAGUGGCGGCUAUAUCCCAACUCCUAAUGGUCCUGUCUUUCAACUUGGGCCGUCAGGGUUUUGCUCUUACCCUGGGGUUGGUUGUGUCAGGGUCCCAGGUACUGGUGCCAUUGGCUCACCACCAUGA